AUCAGCCAAAAUUCAGUGGAAAAAAAACGCCGUUUUGAAGAAAUAUUUGACUGACUAUUACUUAAAUUAAUAACAAGCUGAAGAGUUCUAGAAGCUGUAACAAAAUAUUAGUGUAGUAAACCAAUAUUCUAAGUUCAUUUAUUUCCACGUAGACUUUGAAAUCAGUAAACUUAUGGAGAUACAAUAAUAAGUAUCAUUAGUCUUCGAUGUUUAUGAGCAUUAUAACAGUGUUUACCCAACGAUACCCUAAUAAUUUAUAAUUUUAAGAUUACGCUAGAAUACCGAUUUUUAGUCUGACACUGCCAAUUCGUUUUUGGUCUGACUUUCUUUAAAUCAAGUCAUGAAAUAACAUUAGCGAGUAAUAACAUUAGUAGUAAAAUACUAGCGAGUCCUUUGUCAAAAGUUUUAUUUAUGAUACAAAUCGGAUUUUUUAACAAAUUAAAUUUUGAAAAUACAAACCUACAGAGAUCAUCAGAGCACAAAAUUUGACUCGAACAUACAAACAUUGCAAGUUAAAUAAAAGCUUGUAAAAGAGUAACGUUAGGUAUGUAAACGACACUUCACAGUCAUGUUCCUGCAUUCACAGCGAAUUUUCCACAGGUUACUUACAAAAGUCUUAUUAGUUGAUAACUUCGUUACUACAGACUUUACGGUUGUCAAUAAGCAUAUAUAAGUACCUACACAGUCAGGAUUUAGGCUGAAUAAUUCAAGCGGCUUUCGUGAAGCCUUCAGACAUAUCAGAUUUCCCAGUUCGGCGGGCCGUGGAACAUCCGGAAAACCGACCGGAUACACAAGACUUUUACCAAACUGAUAGGCGCUUUUACCAGGUACAUAUUAAGGAAAAGACGCGAUUCUUUUGGAAUCUUGUUAAAUGAAUUAGGGGCGUUUAGCGUAGGUAAAUUCCUACGCAAUCCAAAAAGGAGCUAGGUGUUUAAGUUAGCAAUUAGAAUUUACGUGAAAUCUAAAUGAACGAAAAAUACGUUUUAUUUAAAGACCAUAUAGGCAUAAAAUGAAUAACCAAUGUAAAACCCCCAAUAAAUUGUUUCGUUAACUGCUAUUAACCCGGCGCAAUACAUAGAUAAUUAGUUAGAUAAGUAGUAUCCUGCAUUAGUAUCAUCCCACAACUUGUAAGAUUCGUAAAAUCACAUAUGUAAGUAGAUAAGUUGGUUAUGGUUUAUUUUACUGACUAACCGGUUAAUAUCGGAAAAGAUUAAAAAUAGGUGCACGGGUUAUCUUUCGCGAAUAAAGUUGUACAUUUAGCUCCAAAAUAUGAACAUUAGAUUUUUUAUAUACUUACAACUUUCUCAAAUUUUCGUAAACAUUUUGGGAAAGGGUCACUUCACUUCAAGCGUGUUCUUUAGUGAUUUUCUGAUACUUGCUUUUUGGCCGAUUACCUUCCUUUGCACAUUUAUCAAAUACUCGAGGCGCUUCAAAUGAGCACAUUGAAGACAUGCGCGUCCUAAUAAAUAGUAGCCGUUAACAUAUUGAUUAUUUUUCUUUUCACAGGUACAGACUCCACAAAAGCGAAAAGUUGAAGACUGAAGCAUGCUUCAAGUAGACGGAUUCAAGAGACCGUCGCCUUCGCCAUCGCGGAGUUCGGUGAGAAGCGACAGUCGAGUAUUCCGGCCACCGCGCGUCAUCCACGUUAACCGAGACGCCUCCACCAUGGUAGAUGACGACGCAGGUGGCACGGGCGGCGCGCCCUGUUUGCCUAGUGGGGCCGGACUGGUCUCCGACUGGGAAAAUGUCGAACAGAACCCAGCCAAUUUUCGAUCACGCACCUUCAGCGAUGGCUUCAUCAGAAACACGAGUCUUGAGCUGUUACUAGGUGUCGACUGCGAAGCGUGUCUCGCCCUCGCAGCACAACGACAGUGUUUCAAUAAACACAUAUCAGAUCAUGACUUUGACUUAGUUUGCAACUGUAGCAUACAACAGAACAAUUACUUAAACUGCCAUCGCGACAUCGUGGAUCAUCGAGGUCAUACGCUUAACAUCUAUGAUUUAGAAAGAAUAAAACGCGGAGCCAACCGAAAUCAUUUAAACGUAGCCUCUCAUCGAAGCUUAGACAGAAAAUAUACAAAGAAUAAGCAUAUUGGAGUUUCUAACUAUUUUUCUAAACAAUUGAUUUCGUAUGAUCCUACCAAUACACUUGUGCAAAAAAUAAAGAGAAAACUAUCUAAUUUAAAAAAGAUUGGUGGUGAAGCGAUUUCAAAGAAAAACCAAAAUGCGGUCCAACUGGCCGAGAUAACAUCUGGCUCGGCGAGCUCUCUCAAGAAACUAUCAAUGUUGUCUGUAGUCGACAAGUCGCAGAGGAGGGUCAACAGCCAAAGCUCCAUUUUUACUUCGUCGGAAUUUCAAUCAAAAGACGAUUUGAAAAACAAUGCUUCUACUUAUGCAAAUUUUUCAGGGAAUGUCGACCAAUGUUUUGAUAGACUCAGGGAGUGCAAUGUAAGUGCAGAUAACAGCAGACGGCCACCCCGCAAAAUGAUUAAAAUGCGAAGUUUCGACAAUAAUGAUGAAAUGCUAACCAGACACUCUCCUGCGCCUGAAAGGAUGAAAUUUUCCACUCUAGAUAACCGCAGCCGAUGUCGAAGUAUAAGAAGGCAAAUGUCAUAUAACGAUUUUCCAAGUGAACGGUUCAGGGAUAGAGGGUCAGACCUAUGGACGCGUGAUGAAAGCUUGGAGGGGUCAAAAAGUACUCACAACGAUUUAGUAGAUGACGAGGCACAAAGUUUUGUGGAAGCUGACAGGAUAGCGAUGGGCGGGCUGCGAGGCGCGCGCUCUCACUGCACGUGCGAGUCGGGCGGCAAUAACCGGAUACCUUCCAUAUUCUACGAUACCCAUGGCAAGAAGCGAGCAGCGCCAGCUCCUGACGUAACUGAACGUGGCACCGUGCGGCCCGCGGCGUGCAGCGCCUGCAAGUCCCCGCAGUGGCUGUCCACCGGCACCACUUCAACUGCCAGCCACAGCUCUACUACCACAGGCAACUCGUCCAGGUUUUCCGUUUGGCACCGGCGCUGGUGUUGCGUAGCGAUCCUAGUGCUAGUGGCCGGCACGGCGUGCGUGGCAGGCCCGCUAGCGCUCCGCGCGCCGCCGGGCGCGCCCUUGCACGAGCGUCUCCGGUUGGCGGAGCGCCUUCUCCAUGAGUCCCCUCUCAUCGACGGACACAACGACCUACCCUGGAAUAUAAGGAAGUUUCUACACAACAGAAUUAAAGAUUUCAGGUUCGAUGAAGAUUUGCGAACGAUAUCACCGUGGGCCACCAGUUCAUGGAGCCACACCGAUUUGCCGCGAUUAAAACAAGGGAGGGUGGCCGGACAGUUCUGGGCCGCGUACGUGCCGUGCGACGCACAACACCGGGACGCGGUGCAGCUGACGUUCGAGCAAAUUGAUCUCAUACAGCGGCUCACGGAUAAAUACCAUCCGCAGCUCACUCUCUGCACCUCCGCCGACGAUAUAGUAUCGGCGCACGCGAACCACCGCAUGUGCUCACUGGUUGGCGUGGAGGGGGGGCACGCCAUCGGCGGCUCGCUCGGCGUCCUCAGGACCCUUUACCAAGUGGGGGUGCGCUACCUCACAUUGACCUCCACCUGUGACACCCCGUGGGCUGAGUGCGCCUCUGCCGACCGAAUCGAGCCUUCGCCGCGCGGUGGACUUACACCUUUUGGAAAAGUGGUGGUGAAGGAGAUGAACCGGCUCGGCAUGCUGGUGGACCUCUCGCACGUGUCGGAGCGCACGAUGCGCGACGCGCUCAUGGCGUCGCGCGCGCCAGUCAUCUUCUCGCACUCGUCUGCGCGCGCGCUCUGCAACGUCACACGAAACGUGCCCGACACCGUGCUACGGCUCUUGGCCGCCAACAAGGGACUCAUCAUGGUCAAUUUCUACACUUCGUUUCUUACAUGCAAGGAAACCGCUACAGUUCAGAAUGCUAUAGCGCAUAUAAAUCACAUACGUGAUGUCGCCGGAGUCGACAGCGUGGGGCUUGGCGCUGGCUAUGAUGGUAUUAACUACACGCCACAAGGAUUAGAAGACGUAUCGUCGUAUCCUUUACUCUUCGCUGAGCUAAUGGAGUCCGGAUGGAGCAUAGAAGACCUUAAGAAAUUAGCAGGGUUGAACCUUCUGCGAGUGUUGGGAGCCGCGGAGCGCGUAGCACAGGAGCUCGCUUCUGCGCACGUCACUCCAUAUGAAGAGGUGCCGCCGCGAACACUGGACACGCAUAACUGCUCCAGUCAAGAUCUCUAAAUGAAAUCAAGCUGCCUACUCAUUAGUUUAAUUAGAUGCAGUAGGCACUUAUAAGCGGCAUGUUCGACUCAAAGAUCCACUUAGAAGUUCGAAAAUCCAAAUGCUUUUCGUUAUGUCUCCGGUUGUUGAAAAAUCGAGUCGAAGCAAAUAUAUUUCCAAACUUCUGGAAAGCAGAUCCAAACUUUUAGUAACUGCGGCUAUGGUCGUGGAUUCCAAGCUUUAAUAUUUCCGUAGUUUUAUAAAUUCAUUAAGCUGCUUACACACGGAAGUACAGGACCGCGACCUUGGUCCGGUCCGAGACUGUUCGAUUCGGUAGUGGUCCGCCGUACGUCCGUUAAAGACUCAGCUAUAAUUAUUAUUGAGCACGAGAAAGAGAUAUUUUUACCGGACCAAAAUCGCUGUCCUGUACACCCGUCUGUUACAGCUUUUACAUAUAAUUAGGUAGUACUUAUAAUACCAUAUAGCUGUACUCCGAUUAUCGUCCGUUUAUUACAAGUUGAAAUUUUAGGGUACCUACCUGCUAGACUGUUAUUUGUCGUAAGUUAUGUAAUAGCUUAGACUACUUUCAGGCCAAACUAGAUCGCAUGUGUAAUGCAGCACAAC